AUGUACGCUGAAGGCGUACAGUACCCUCACAAGUCCAUCCAAUAUCUGAUGGGGCUCGGCGAUGAUUCCGCUCGGUUUCGGAGAUUUGUGAAAGCGCUAGGGACCAGUGCCGAUGAAAAUCUCGACAAAUCGAAGAGGUGGACCCAGCAGCCGGAGCAUAUCAAGAGACGUUUCUUUGCCAGCACCACGAACCGUCGUCCAGCCUCCUUUUAUCCUCGAAUGCACAUGCAUCGUAUCCGGCGCCGUGUUUCCAGCGAGCCCGCCGCUGCCGACGACGAAAACGACGACGACGACGACGACGGCGACGGCAACGGCAACGAGCCAGAGCCCCAAAACCCAGGACCCGCCCGCACGCCUUCUCCCACGGUCUCCGCCGUCGACUCGGAUACGGCGUUCUCGGAUCUACUCGCGCGGGCCGCCAGGAAGCCCGCGCCCAAGUCCUACGCGCAGCUACACGCGGGCUGCACGGGCGGGACCGCGAUGGAGUGCCCGGACUGUAAGCCCAUGUACCGCUUCCUGCAGGAGCUCGAGCAGCCGCUUGGACACCUGCUCCCCGCUCUGCGCGACGUCGGGAUCCGAAACGCCCCGGCGUUGCGCGCUCUCGCGAACCUGCACGACAAGGGCGACUUUCUCUACCGGGUCCUGCCGCGCGACGAGAUCACGAGCUUCGAACAUAAGAUGCUCAUCGACGGACUAGCCGUUCUGGCUGGUGCAGGGCAGGGAACGAGUGGCGAAGGGUGGAGUCGAAGUCGAUGA